ACAACUGGCUGCUAAUAUCGGUGGGAUAUUUUGACCUGUGGAUUGGGCACCAGUUUGCUCUUGACUUUUGUCACGGACAGGAAAUUUUGGCUGUUAGUUAAGGGUUUGAUUGUGAUGUCUCCAGUGAAGCUUUAAGGAUUACAUGUAAAUUCUACCUCCCCAUAUAUUCAUCAAUCACCCCUUGGACAAGCAGAGCUGUACUGUGGGCUGACCGAAUAGUUUGAAGCAGAGAUACAUUUCUUGUACCACCACUGUGAGGAGUUUGUAGCACAGCGGGGCUCACACAAUCAUCAUCAUGUCUUUCUUGGUGGCUGGAGCUGCCUUGUUGGUGCUGUACGGAGUAUGUCGCCUCCUCAACAUGUCCAGUACCUCCUCACAACCUGCUCUGCACUACAGACCAGACUCAGAGCUCAUACAAAGCAUCUUGGCUGCAUGCCCAAUUUUCUUACAAACGUAUGUUCCUCCGCUAUUGUGGGGUAAAAGUGGCCACAUUCAGACUAUCAUCUAUGGAAAGCUUGGCAGAGUUAAGCCCCCUUUCUUAAAGGGCAAAAGAGAACGUGCUUUGAUGAAAGAUGGCGCCACUCUGACCUAUGACAUUUUUGAGUCCAUUCGGUCGCAUCCAACAGGGGGUGAUUACACAUUACUUGUGUGUCCGGGCAUAUCAAACAGCAGUGAGAGUAGUUACAUCUGUACCUUUGUGGACUACGCCCUGGAGCACGGGUUCAGGGUGGUGGUUCAAAACCAUCUGGGGGCCAUGAAAAGUGUCAAACUGACGGCUCCAAGGAUGAACACCUACGGCUGCACAGGGGAGUUUCACCUGAUGACCCUGAGGAUAAAAGAAACUUACCCCCGUACAAAGCUAAUAGCUGUGGGAUUCAGCAUGGGGGCGAAUGUUGUCACGAAGUACAUGGGGGAGGAUGCCAAGCAUCAGGAGAAUUUCCUGGCUGCCAUGUCCAUAUGUCAAGGUUAUGACCUCAGUCGUGCCAUUCCGUUUCUGAUGAGCUGGUCGCACCUUCGCCGCUGUUACUUCUACGCCAUGACAGUUCAUCAGCACUCCCUGCUCAGGUGUCAUCACGACGAGCUCUUCAAUGAGGAGGCGACCAAGCGCUAUGGCCACCUGGAUGUUCCACAGAUCUACAAAACCACCUCACUGGUCGCUCUGGACAAUCUGUAUUCCAAGAAGCGUCACGGGUUUGAGAAGCUGAAAGAUUUUUACACCUGGUGCAGCUCUGCUAACUUCAUCAACAAUAUAACACUGCCAAUGUUAAUUCUUAAUUCUGAAGAUGACCCAUUGGUUCCCCCAGAUCUUCACGAUGUGCCUAAAUCGUACGUGGCUGAACACAAGAAUGCCCUCUUUGUUGUGACCAAACACGGCGGUCAUCUGGGAUUCUUUGAGCAUGGUCUUGUGAAGCCGGACCGCAUCACCUGGCUUGACCGGGCUGUUCUUCAGUUUGCCAACGCUGUGGUCAGUCUGUGUGAUAUCCGUGCAGAUCAGGGAAACCCGCAGGCGAUCUGACAGUGUCUGGACAGGAUGUGUUUAACACAGGAAAUUUCAUCCACGAUGAGGUUACUGACAUUGACUGAUUUUGUGAGUUCUAUUGAUUUUAGAAAGGUGUUUUGAAGUUUGUUUGAAAGGUCGGAAAAAUAUAUGUUUCAGCACCAAAAGUAAUAUGUUAUAACUCUUUUAAUAUUUGCCUCUGAAAAUGCACUUUUGGGGACAAAUUUUAAGGGCGAACACACUAAUUAUGUCAUAUCUCAGGACGAGAAAAUUAUCAUUUUUUUAUAUUUUUAUUCACAAAAAAAUGCAACCAUAUGUUGUGCUAGACAAUAGUAUAUUACAUGUAGGUGUUUUAAUUUUUGUGUCUUGAGUGUGUUCAUUUUUGGCUUUUUUAGCCACUAUGUAUGUUCAAUUCUUUGACCUUUUCAACUGCCUCUGC